UAAUAAACCCCUCCGUGCACUACAACCCAGCUAAGCCCCCAACUAUGGAGGACCCCGCCAGAAAGCGCCGAUUUUUGAAAUAAACCCUAGCCCCUCUGUAACCGCUUCUACAAUGGCUUUCACUCUCACCCUUCCUUUGUCUCCCUCAACUUCUCUCUCACCCAAAACCAAUUCCCUAAUAAAAAAAUGGCCACUUCACUUCCCCAAAUUACCCUUCCGAUUUCCCAAAAACUCCCGCACUGCCAUUUCCUGCUCGGCACAGAAGCCAUUUAUGACAGAAGAGAAUAUUCUAGAAGCUGUAGCUGAUUUUGUCGGAGCCGAGAAAUCGGUUCCACCUUGUGUGAGAACUUACGAGAACGACCUAGCUCGACUCAGCUUAGUUGGAGCUGUUGACUUCCAGCAGGCUCUCACUGCUGCUGCGGCGGACGGCGGUGAAGCUGCUAAUGAACAUAUUGCCGCCGGUAUGCCAGCUAUGGUUGUUGAAACGUUGUUUCCUGGGCCUUGUGAUGAGCAUAGUACUGUUUCUACUAGACUGUUCUUACCUGCAAGAAAAGUUGUGGAGAAAGCCCAAAAGCUUAAAAGUGCCCUAACUAAAGAGAUUCUGUCAGGCACGACAUCUACAAAUAUACUUGCCAUGACAUUUAGACAAGUGCUUCUGCAGCAUCUUUGGAACUUUGAACUGGUACUUUUUAUACCAGGAGCAGAAAGAAAUAUGGAUGAUCUUGAAACACCUAGACAGCAGGUACCUCCAUCUUUUGCCAUCACCUCAUCAGACGAACGAGUCAUCUCUGUUAUUUCAGAGGUUAUUUGUCUUUCUUCUCUUGAAAGCACUAGAAGACAUUUGCUUAAGGAUACUCCUGGAGGAGCAGUGCAGAAGUUUUUCCCUUGGUUUCACAAGCAUAAAUGUAUUGUCUCAAAAGAUUCCUCUGUUACUCUAUACAACUUACUGGAAUCUCAGAUAGUUGCAAAUGCCAAUAUUUUGCUCCAGAAAUUUUCUUCAGAAAGGGCAAAUUACAGACCAAGGGAGGGAAGAUGGACGAGCAACUGGUUAACUUCAAGUGCAUACUCCAAAUUGGAACAAAUUGGAGGCCCUGAAUUUAUUUCUUGGCUGAGCGAGUAUGUACCUGCUUACAAAUUGGAGAUUGAUGCUGAGAAACUUCGGAAUGUGAAAUUUGAAGGGUGGAAGGAAUCAGCAACAAACACAUGGGAGGUUUUCCUAACUCACUCCCAAAUGGUUGGUCUAAGUGACAUUCUAGAUAUGUAUUAUGAAGAUGUCUAUACACUUCCCAACAAGCAGUUGUCAUCCGGUGUUGUUGCAAAAUCUUUCAACUUGCCCUCUAGCAAGAGAAGCAUUUCUAUGUCAAAGGCAAUCUCCAUGGUCCUUGCAAGUGGAAUUUUUCUUGUUGCUAUAAGAGUUCUUAGUCAAUGUUAUCUUCCUCAUAUCCCCAGUAGAAAGAACUAUCACCAGGAAAUUUAUCCAGUCAACUCAUGUGACAUGAUCUCUAUUCAGCAUCAGCCUAUGGCAUCUAGCAAGUCGGAAGAAUAUUGCGUCUCGAUCAUUAGGAGAAUCAAAGAAUUUUACGGCUGGCCUGGAGACAUAGUGAUGGGUUCUGGCAGCUCUGCGUCGAUUGGGGAGCUUCCAGUAUACCUGAGGUAUGAGAUGGACCCCAAAGAUUUAGAUCUUAAUUCCAGCUCUACGCCUUCAGAAGGAAUUGAAGAUGAGAUGAAGGCAGCUGCACAAGAUAUUGCCAGUUAUCAGGUUGUUUUGUCUGCGGAUGGUAAAAUUGUUGGCUUCCAGCCUACGAGUCGUGUUGCUGUUAAUCAAUGGGCAGCAAACCCUUUGGUGAAAGAGCUCUAUGGAGGAACAAAACUUUCUCCUGGCUUGAUAGAACGAGGUCUCAAAAUAAGCCACCCUGGUGAUGUUAUUGUACUGGAAUUAUUGAUGUCAGUAAAUCCUCAAAGUUCUUUUGCUUUGGUAAGACCAGUUAAUGCGAUUGCUGAAAAUUGUAGAUGAACAUGUCUGCACCUUCACAUUCAAUACUUGUACAACUAGUUACAUAGAUGGGCAAGCCUUGUUCCAGGUAUAAAGGAUUAGGGGAAUUUACAGUACCUUGGGUUCCAUCUUUACUGAACUGUCAUGUGAGUUCUCUUGGCAUCACUGCGGAGUAGUGUGGUUGAAGAAAUGAGACAAUAUCUGAACUACUUCUUAACACAACCCAAAGGAAGAACUUCCUCGGUCUUUGUAGGAAUUGUGUCCACUCACAACGCAGCGAAAACCAUUUUGCAGAAGGGAGUAAAACACAGUCCAUCUCUAACCAUGUAAAUUCAAAGGCCUUCCUCCCCUCCCCCCGGGUAAGCACCAAAGGAAGAACAACAUUGAAUAUGUGUAACAACCUUUGUUCCAGUAUGCGCAAGCUGGCCCGGACACUACGGUUAUUAAAAAAAAAUAAUAAACUUUUGUUCCAUGCAAGAACUGCUUCCUCUAAAAUGUUAUGAUCUUUCUGGUUUCGACUAAACAGAGAAGCUUUAGCCA